AAUCGUGACAUAUGACAGCUAGACAAUGACCGACUGCGGAUCUGCCCCCAGUAAAUGAAACUCGUUAAAUAGUCUUUUUCGUACUAAUAUAAUUAUUUACUAAAUAUUGAAAUUAAAAACGGUUACUAAAUAAUAUUUCUGUGACUAAUUAAAUCAAAGGCCAUGCCGGCAGUUCGGGGAGAUGGCAUGCGAGGAUUGGCAGUGUUUAUUUCCGAUAUUAGAAACUGUAAAAGCAAGGAGGCUGAGAUUAAGAGAAUAAACAAGGAACUAGCCAAUAUUCGAAGUAAAUUCAAAGGGGACAAAACCUUAGAUGGAUACCAGAAGAAGAAGUACGUGUGCAAAUUGUUGUUUAUAUUUUUAUUGGGCCAUGACAUUGAUUUCGGACACAUGGAAGCAGUCAACCUUUUAUCAUCUAAUAAAUACUCAGAAAAGCAAAUUGGAUAUUUAUUUAUAUCAGUGCUAGUCAAUACAAACAGUGAACUUAUCAAGCUCAUAAUCCAAAGCAUUAAAAAUGAUCUUGGAUCGAGGAAUCCGAUUCAUGUUAAUUUGGCCCUGCAGUGCAUCGCAAACAUCGGUAGCAGAGAAAUGGCGGAAGCUUUCGGAAGUGAAAUUCCUAGAUUGCUCGUGUCAGGGGACACAAUGGAUGUUGUUAAGCAGAGUGCUGCUUUGUGUCUGUUGCGUUUGUUCAGAACAUCGCAGGACAUCAUUCCCGGAGGAGAAUGGACCUCUCGAAUCAUUCAUUUGCUAAACGAUCAACACAUGGGCGUUGUAACCGCUGCUACAAGCCUGAUAGACGCGCUGGUUAAAAAGAAUCCCGAAGAAUAUAAGGGAUGUGUAUCGCUUGCAGUGUCUAGACUAAGUAGAAUUGUAACGGCAAGUUACACGGAUUUGCAAGAUUACACUUACUAUUUCGUACCAGCACCUUGGCUCUCUGUUAAAUUGUUAAGAUUAUUACAAAAUUACACUCCACCUGCUGAAGAUCCUGGCGUAAGAGGAAGGCUCAAUGAAUGUUUGGAAACGAUUCUGAACAAAGCUCAGGAACCUCCUAAAUCCAAGAAAGUUCAACACUCGAAUGCUAAAAAUGCUGUUCUCUUCGAAGCAAUAAGUUUGAUUAUUCACAACGAUAGCGAGGCGAACCUCCUCGUAAGAGCUUGUAAUCAACUGGGGCAGUUCUUGAGUAACAGAGAGACGAAUUUGAGGUAUUUGGCUCUGGAAUCGAUGUGCCAUCUGGCCACUUCGGAAUUUUCUCACGAAGCGGUCAAGAAACAUCAGGAAGUGGUCAUUCUGUCGAUGAAGAUGGAAAAAGAUGUUUCAGUUCGUCAGCAAGCUGUCGAUUUGUUGUACGCCAUGUGCGACAAGAGCAACGCCGAGGAGAUAGUCCAAGAAAUGUUAAAUUAUCUCGAAACUGCUGAUUAUUCCAUAAGAGAGGAGAUGGUUCUCAAAGUGGCUAUUCUCGCCGAGAAAUACGCUACAGAUUACACUUGGUAUGUCGAUGUUAUUCUGAAUCUGAUCAGGAUUGCUGGGGAUUAUGUAUCUGAAGAAGUAUGGUACCGUGUCAUUCAGAUAGUCAUAAACAGAGACGAAGUUCAAGGCUACGCUGCGAAAACGGUAUUUGAGGCAUUGCAGGCGCCGGCGUGCCACGAAAACAUGGUCAAAGUCGGCGGUUACAUUCUCGGGGAGUUCGGGAACCUGAUAGCGGGCGAUCAACGGUCCUCGCCGGCCGUUCAAUUCCAACUCUUACAUUCGAAAUACCAUCUGUGUUCCCCCAUGACUCGCGCUCUGCUGUUGUCCACCUACAUCAAAUUCAUCAAUCUGUUCCCCGAAAUCCGCACGCAAGUCCAGGAGGUCUUCAAGCAGCACAGCAACCUGAGAUCCGCCGACGCCGAGUUGCAACAACGAGCGUCCGAAUACUUGCAGUUGAGCAUCAUAGCUAGCUCCGACGUGCUGGCGACGGUUCUGGAAGAGAUGCCGGCGUUCCCCGAAAGGGAGAGUUCCAUACUCGCUGUGUUGAAAAAGAAGAAGCCCGGCAGAGUUCCGGAAAACGAGAUUAAGGAUAGCAAAAGUCCCACGCCUCUGAACAACAAUCACACCAACGAUGUGAACAACACAAGUACAAAUUCAGCUGAUUUGCUGGGGCUAUCAACUCCACCUACUUCUGCUCCGAAUUCGGGAAAUACUGGGGUUUUAUUAGAUGUUUUGGGCGACAUUUACAGCGGUAAAUCAGUGAACAGCUCGACAUCAUCUAAUAAAAAUUGGUUUGUAGAUCCUAAGAAGUUUGUUUGCAAGAAUAACGGCGUGUUGUUCGAGAACGAUUUGAUCCAAAUCGGCGUUAAAAGCGAAUUCAGACAGAAUCUGGGCCGCCUCGGCUUGUUCUACGGGAACAAAACGAACGCCCCUUUGCAAAAUUUCUUCCCUACCAUGCAAUGGUCGGAAGAAAACAACGCCAAAUUGAGCAUACAAAUAAAGCCUGUCGAGCCGAUUCUGGAAGCUGGCGCUCAGAUACAGCAGAUGAUCAAUGCAGAAUGCAUCGACGAUUACACAGAUUCGCCCAGUAUUUCUGUGAGCUUCGUUUGCAACAAAGUUCCGCACAAAAUCAACAUAAAGCUUCCACUCACUAUCAACAAAUUCUUCGAGCCGACAGAAAUGAACGGCGAAUCGUUUUUCGCGCGGUGGAAAAACUUGGGAAACACGAACCAACAAAGAUCUCAGAAAAUAUUCAAAGCGACCGCUCCGAUGGAUCUGCAAGCAGCGAAAACCAAAAUCAUCGGUUUUGGGAUGCAGCUGUUGGAGGGAAUCGAUCCCAAUCCGGAUAAUUUCGUUUGUGCCGGUAUUAUUCACAUGAGAUCCCAGCAAGUCGGCUGUCUUUUGAGAUUAGAACCAAACCGGAAUGCUCAGAUGUAUCGAUUGACUGUACGUUCCAGCAAAGAGUCCGUAUCAGUGGAGCUUUGCGAUCUCCUCGUUGAUCAGUUUUAAAUUGGAUAAAAUAUAAACACAUCAGUGUAUACUAUAAUUAAUAAUAAUUAGUUAAUUUAGUUAAUACAUUUGUAAGUGUGCUAAAUUAUUUCGACCGAGGGUCAUAGUCCAACAGCUUUAUUAAGUUAAUUAAAUAUGUGUAAAAUAUAUAAAUAUAUUAUGUAUACAUGUGAAGAGAUAGUCAUAUCUGAUUGCGCGAUGUUUAUCCUCUAUAGUGCGUUGUUCCCCCGGACUCAAAAAACAUAAAAACUUUAAAAAUAUUCAGAUAUAUUCAUUCAAACCACCUAAAUCACGUAGGAUAAUAUGUAAUGGCAUUAUCUUUAAAAUAAUAUCAACUCUUAC